AUGUCAGAUGAACAUACUAAUGAUAUAAAUCAAAUUUCUAAUAAUGUCAAUUCAUUUAUUGAGGAUGGAAUCUUUAAUGAUGUCGUUGAUGAAAACAUUUCCCAACAAGAUAUCGAGAAAGCUAAGAAUGAUUCAAAGAGCUUUAAUGAACAUCUUUCGAAGGGAAAAUAUAAAUCUCCCAAAGUUACUGUUAAUAGCUUUGAUGAUGUUUUAGACAUUCUUCAUUUCUACAAAAAAUUUUAUCAACUAGAAUCAUCGCAAUCUUUGAUAGAGUUUUUAGAGAAACAUAAGCCAGAUGGUACAAAAGAUAAUGAAAUCAAACAAUUAAAAAGAGAUAUUUCAACAUUGCAAAAUACAAAUGAACAAUUAACCCGAACAAUUAAUGAUUUUACAACAUUUUUUUCAUUAAAGAAUUCAAAUAAUUUUGACGCAGUAUACAGUUUUCUGAAAGCAAUUUCAGAUAAGGGAGAUAAAAUGAUGAUUAGAAAUUCAUGCUUGCUUAGAUUAAGUGAAAUAAUGGAUGGAAAUGGAAACACUCCACUUAUUGCUGCAUGUAUAAAUGGAGAUUAUCAAUUAACUAAAUCUCUUAUUGAAGGAGGAUGCAAUCGCCUCUACACAAAUUAUAAUGAGGGAAAUUGUUUAUUUGAAGCAUCACUCGCAGGACAUCUUGAGAUUGUCAAAUAUUUGAUUUCAAUUGGGAUUGACAAAAAUUGGCGCAAGAUAUCCAAGCGUAGUACAGCAAUUUUGGCUGCUUCAUCUGGGGGACAUCUUGAAGUAGUGAAAUAUUUGAUAAGUAUUGGCUGUGAUGUAAAUUCGUCAAAUUAUAGUAAUUAUAAUUGCAUUUAUUUUGCAUCACUAAAUGGUCAUCUUGAAACUGUCAAAUACCUUAUUUCUAUGGGAGCAAAUCCAAAUCAAUUUACGCUUUAUAAAUAUUCACCAUUAAUGAUCGCAGUAUUCAAUGGCCAUCUUGCAAUAUUUAAGUAUCUCAUUUCAGUUGGAGUAGAUCCCAAAGUCAAAAAUUAUGAUGGUGAAUCUCUAAUAAUUCUUGCAUCAAAAAAAGGAUAUCUAAAUAUAGUCAAAUAUCUAAUAAAAUGCGGUUGCAAUAAAAACGAUAAAACAACUAAUAAUAAUACAUCUCUUCAUUUUGCUGUGCAGAAGGGAUUUCUUGAUAUUGUUGAAUAUUUAGUUGAAAUUCGUGUAAAACUCAAUGAAGUAAAUAAUCAAGGAAAAACUGCGUUUGAUUAUGCAAUUCAAUAUUCAAAUAAUAGUGAAAAUCGCAAAAUAAUUUUUAAUCUGCUUCGGUUUUCGGGAUACACUCCAGCUGCUAAGCCACACUGCUUUUUAUUGAGAAUGUUGGGAUUGUUCUUGCAAUGGAUACCAAUUUUAUUGUUAAUUUUUUAUCUCCUUUAUUGUUUUCUUUUUUAG